AUGAUUGAUGAUUCACAAUAAAUUAUAAAGGAAAUGAUAUAAAGUAAUUCGAUACAGCAAUUAAUGGAAUUUAUGAACAAAAUGAAACCAAAUAUUUUGAAUUUAGAUUGUGGAAAAAAAUAAACAAGUAAUAGUUGAAAUAUUAUAUAGUUCUACAUAUUGCUGUUUAGAGAAAUGAGUACUCAUUCCUGAAAUAUCUUGAGCAAUACUCAAAUGAUAAUUAUAAAGAGAAUGAGAUUAGAAAAUUAGUUAAUACAUAUAAUAUAGAAAUUUUCACAGCCCUUCAUAUAGCAUCCUAUAAUGGAAAUGUGGUAAGUUUGAUUGCAUUUAUAUCAGGAAGCAGUUAAGAUUCUACUAAAUAUGGGUGCUGAUUCUAGUCUUAAAAGUGGGUCCGGUUUAUUACCUAUACAUGCAGCUGCAUAAGGGGACUAACCUUAUAUGGUGGUAUGAUUAAAUGUUUAUAUAUAAGUGGUAUUGGCUGUAAUAAGGUAUUUCAAUAAAUGUGUAAGAUGAUGCUGGAAAUACUUGUUUACAUUGGGCAGCAUAUUAAAAGUAAAGUAUUAUUUUACAUACUUUUAGUUGUGAAUUAACUGUAAGCUAUUUAAUCUCAUUUGGGUGCAAUAUAGAUUUUAGAAAUAAUGCACAAUAAACAGCUUUACAUAUUGGGGCAUCUUAUGGAUAAUCUAGAGUUGUAAAGAAAUUGUUAAUCAAAGGAGCUUAAAGAAAUAUUGAAGUAAUUUUUAUUGUUUGAUUUAGGAUGAAGACGGAAAGUUACCCAUCAAUUUGACAGAAUCUCUUUAAAUCAAGAAGAUGCUUGAAGACAAAACUGACUUGGCAUUAUUCUAUAAUUUAAAAUAGCCAUAUCAUCCUAUUUAAAGAAACAGAAAAUCCAUUUUUAUUUACUAUUUUGUAAUUUUUACAUCACAAGGCUGUAUUGGCUACAUCUUAUGGGAGAUGUAGGGAAUAUUGCUAUAUAUUUUUAUGGUUUUUCUGACUAUCCUAUUAAUGGCUUCCAUUUUGGCAUAAUGUUGUGAUCCAGGAGUCAUUACUUUACAUCUUUCUGUUAAAGAGGCUAUGGAGUAAUAGAUUGAUCCAAUUAAUAUCUGUCCAGAUUGCUGGGUUAUUAAACCAUAAAGAUCUAAACAUUGCGAAUUUUGUUAAAAAUGUGUCAUUGUUUAUGAUCAUCACUGUCCAUGGAUUAACAAUUGCGUUGGAGCCAAGUAUAUUAUACUUCAUUCUAUCUAGAAAUUUACUCUACUUUUAUAUUUACCUUAUUUCUCUAAUGAUAAUCUAAAUUUAUUCAGCUGGUAUCAUCGUUUUCUGUAAAUUAUUUAUUCAUUAUAGACUUUUUUCAAUCUGAAAGCUUAUCUUUAUAUCACUAUCUAAUUAUGCUAUAUCCUAUUUUAAACAUUUUGAUUUUCAUUACUCCAAUUUUGUAAGACAUCAAACCUAUGUAUUAUAGUUUACUAUGUUUAUACUAGACAAAGAAUCUGUAUUAUGGAAUCACUACUUAUGAAAGAAUUACUGGAUAAAAGAUAAGCAUUAAGUCUAGCUUAUUAGAUCCUUAAGUAUAAAUCACUUAUUCAUUAAAUUAAGGAAAACAUACAAGAUUCAUAAUCUGAAGAAUCUAAAAUAGAACCAUCACUAAAUAAUUGUUUUAAUUAGUGCUUUAGAAAUAAGAAACAAUUUAAAAAAUAUGCAUAAAGUUGA